CCACUCAAUCAGGAAGCGUCUUUUGUUAAGCCGACACAAUAAUGGCAGCUACCCAACGGCUCCGUUGUUUUCUGCACGGUCCAGUCGACAUCGGGGGGUUUCCUAUGUGUCAGUCUUCGCUCUGAAGCCGCCAUUACCUCCGUUUUUCCCCUGGCCUUGCUGCUCACCCACAAUGAAUUACCAGAGGCUUCUGUGUGUCUCAGACAGACCAAUGUAACUGUGGCCUCCACUCCAUCUAGUGCACACCACAGCAGUGCAGCAGGAAGGUCCUGUCCCGGUUGCUCUUGUUCAUUGUCUUACAGAAAUCAUGUCUGGCUCAGGCGACUUACCAGCCAUCGAGGGUUCCGGGAUGGGCGGGAUGAAGCUUCCCAUCGGGAUGACUCGACGAGCCCUCAGCUAUGACGAUAACCUGGAGGCCCCCAUGUCCACGCCCCCCCACGACAUCAGCAUCAACAACCUGUGGAGACGACCCAUCAUACCGGAGAGGAAGUUCACACAGCUGGCUGAGGAGGAUGAGAGUGGUGCAGUCAGUCAGUCUACAGUGACAGACAACGCCCCCUCCAGGUCACCAGGUGUAGUGAAAACCAAGGCUUCCUCCAUCAUCAUCAAUUCCCUCAUCACCAAGCAGACUCAGGACAGUAUGUACAAGUUUGAGCAGAGGGCGGGGCUCACUGACACCAGCUACACGCCCCACAAAGGCCUCACCGCUGAGGAGACCAGACACCACCACCGCAUACCUGAAUCCCUCCAGAAACUACAGAUCCAGAGCAUGGAGGCCAGGGAAGAGCGAGAGAGCUCCUCCGCCCAGUCCACUCCAUCCAACACACCACACAGCUCCCCAAAACAACAACGCAGGUUGUGGUUUAGUAGCACAGGUUCAGAGGUCAGUCUUAGCUCGUCCAACAGCAGUGUGGACAUGGGAGGAGGAGACACGGCAGCGGGAGGAGUAGGAGGUGCGGUUGAAAAGUGGAGCAUGUUCACGCCUCGGCCUCUCGUCCAGAAGUCGACCUCUGACCUGGGAUCAGACUCUACAACUGCAGCAGGCUUUGCACUGCAGGCGUACCGCGGUGCCCAGAAGCCGACCCCCAUGGAGGUAAUGAAGUCACAGGCCACGCGGCUGACUGACAGCGCUGCCGCUCAGAAGAUGGCCCCUCCCAAAAUGGAGAUUCCCACAGUGGAAGGUCGGCGGCAGGGGGCGCGACCACACAAGCUCAAACACAGAGACAUGAACAUCCUGACGCCCUCUGGCUUCUGAGAGGACACGCGACAUCUGUCAAAGCUGCUCGUCGCUCCGACUCUAAAGGUCCCAUGAAAUGGAAACCUCACCCUGUUGUCACCAUGUGUCCCUGUACGUACUGUCGCACAAUCUGUGGUCACUUUUAAAAUGUGUCAAAGUCAUUUCAUCUUCAGUUGCUGUCAGUCGUUUGCAUUUCUAACCUGUUAACAUCCAUAACAGUGUUAGUAUGGUCCCAGAUCUCAAAUUACUGUGAUGGCUAAAACCACACAGCUAACUGGCGCUGGCGCUAACUGGCGCUGGCGCUAACAGCAGCGGCCGUCAUCAUCAUCAUCAUCCGUUCUGCUGCCUUUUUUAUGUGAAAACUUGUCAAACAUCAGCUGUGCAACCUCAAGACCAUUUCAUGGGAUCUUUAACAGCAGCUGCAACAUUCAGAUAGCCACUGUACCGUCCACCAUCGUCACCACUGAAACAAUUAUGGAUAUAAAAAAAGAAAACGGUGAAAAUUUCCCAUCUUCGCUGCUUUGAGGCACGUGCUCUGUGGCUUGGCCAUAAAAUCUCAGUCUUGACAUUUCUCUCAUCCUUCACUCUUUUAACUGUUAGACCUAGCUGUUGCAUGCUGGUGUCAACACUGAAGUUAAGAAGUUCAGCAUGAAUCUGCCCCAGAGUUCAGAUGACAUGGAAGGCAUGAGGUCAAAUAUUUAAGAACUUUGUCCAGUUGAAGGUGAAGAUGAUGGUGGUCCUGGUUUAGAAUGAUCCCCUGUGAAUGCACUUUAUCCUCGCUCUUCCCCCAACAUGAGCUCGAUUAUCCAACCCCGACCCGUGUUACACAACAGGAUGAAAAUCAAUGCAAGAAAACUGAUCUUAACAUCUUAUCUGUCUCUAAAAUUGGUCCAUUUGUGUUUCACUAAGCACGGAGAAGAGAAUAAAUUAAACCAAAUCCUUAAGUGUAGUUUAAUACAAAUCAAACAACCAGAACAAAAAAAAAAUCUGAAUUGUAAAAAGUUUGACUCAGGAAAUUGGCAGGCUCCUGCUCACUGAAACGUUCCACUUGGGUUUUUUUUUUUUUUGUUAGUUUUUCUUUUUUAAUAUGUUUUAUUGUGUAGAAUAAGAUUUUUUUUAAUCUGCUAUUGUAGCAACAGAUUUUCUUUCGUUGUGAUCAGAAGAAAAAAAGAAGUGCCCACCUGGUGUGUGUAAAAAUCAGAGCUACAUGUGACUCGCACACUGACUCUGGAGUCCAUCAACAUGGAUAAUGUAAUGAAAACAUAGAUAUAUAUAUA